UUUCACAUUACAAAAUUACGAUAUUGUGAUCAAAGAUACUACGGGGAAGUUGAAGUACGGCGGCGUCACCGUGAUGCCCACUGUGAAUCAACCGAUAAGUGCCGAGGAGAAAGUUAAGUUGUAAACAUUAUUUACCUGAUCCAUGUAGAAAUAUAACAGUCCCUUUAUUAGAGGCGUUCUUUUGCAUAAUUGCAGCAACGCUUCCAAUCUUUGAACUCAUCUUUAGGCAGAUGUUUAUGUGCUAUUACGGAACUUCUGUUGCGUGUGUUUCAGUGGUGCACACAGUCUUGUAACUCUUGAGCAAAUAUUUCGUAUGUCAGUCAUUUUCGAGAGUUUCCGUGCAUGCAACGGCUGCUGUUUUACUUGAGAAGCGUGCAUUCCUGUGCAACAGUUGGUGUAUUGCAACCAAGUUUGAUGGUAGUACGCUGGAGAAAGUGAGUAGUGAGAAUUCAACUUGUUUUCACGGGGGCCCGAAAGGGUGACUAGGAGCAUGCUGAGAUCUUCAAAGUGCGAAAUUUAAAGCGACUUUUUUUGGAAACAUUUAACAUAUUGUGAAAGUAGUAUAAAUGUCAUAGCUUAAAAGAUGCCACCAGGAAAGCAAAAUGCCCGGAUGUCUCGUGCCAACGGCGCAGGCGAAGAUAAUCGAACGAUUGCUGAGAAGUUAGCUUUAGGAUCUGAAGUGAAAGAAUUAAAAAUGGGCCGCAGUUUCAUGAAUGAUAAAUCUGUAUCAUUCCAUACUUUGCGGUAUGACUUCAAGCCAGCUAGUGUCGACGUUUCAAAAGACGCAGCUGUUGCGAUUGAAGAAAAUCAGAAAGUGACCGUAACAGUGCCCCAUGUAGAUGGUGCAGGCACUCCCCAUACUGUAUAUAAAGGCUCAUACCGCCCUUACCAGAAAGAAUGUGUUCUGAUAAUUGAUAGAAAAACCGGAAAAGUGACACUGGAGAAACUGAGCAGUAAUUUACAAUUGAAGAAAACUCGCUCAGAGACAGAAGGUUUUAACAAGAGAAGCAGCUUGUUGCGUGCACAGCAGAUGGCUUCAUCACUAUCAACAGUUAUACCACGUCAUUCACCAUUGCAUCCAUCGCCAUCACACCAUUCACGUAGUCCAACCCAGACUUCAAAUCAAGCAGCAUCAGCAGCAAGCAGUUUACCACUUAUUGGUCUGGAUGAAAUUACUGAUACAGUCUCCCCACCAGCACCUUUAUCUUCUCAGCAAGAAAACAUGGGCCAACAGUCAUCGCUCCCCUCGCUUUCAGAGUCAUCAUCAAGUGACAGUUCUCCAGAUCAGUCAGACAGUGAAACGGAGACUAAACCUUCAGCUGGUCACCAAUCUUUUCCUAGUGGUGGUGGUAAUAGUACCAAUGGACAAUUUUCAGGGUUCUCCAAGAUUCUGAAUGAGGAUUUGCAGCUGUCAGAAUCAGGUUCAGAUGACUAAAAAAAAUACUUCAGAAAUGAUCCUUUUGAACUCCAGUUCCUCUGUUAUUGCAGGUUCUGUUGUAGUUGCUUUAUUUAUUUGUUGUCAUGUGACAUGUGAUUGUUCAAAAAGUUUGCCAAUUGAGAGUUUUGAUUUUUAUUUAAAAAGAGGAACUUGCAAAUCAUCGCUAUCUGUGUUAAGAAAAGGAAAUUUGUCAUCUGUUGGAGGAUACUUUUGAAAGAAAAAGUUGAGCUGAGUAACAUGAAAAUUUGCUGUGUAAAAGUUAAGUGUUGAUGGGAAAUAACUUUCUGCCAGUUGAACAUUCUAACAGAUUGUGGGAGCUGUCUGUUUAGUAAUAGUGCAAUAUAUACUCUAUUUAUAUUGUUUUGUAUUAUGUAAAGAUGAGAAACAAACCUUGUCAGAUGUGAAUAAAUUAGAA